CGGACUUGUCAUGAUGCGAUUGGUUAGAAAGCGUGUCAGCGUUUGAAUGGGGCUCUCCGUAUCCGUCUUUCUGUGAUGUACAUACACGAGCUGUAACAAUGGGACCGUUGAGAGUUAUAUUCGUCUUUCUCGAUGUGGUUUUAUUGUGUCUGAUGUUUGUCCGAAGCGGCGCUCGAGAUCUGGACUCCAGCUACGUGACGUGCGGCUCUCUGGUCAAACUGAUGAACACCCGGCACAGCGUCAGACUUCACUCGCAUGAUGUCAAAUACGGAUCAGGAAGUGGCCAGCAGUCAGUAACCGGAGUGGAUUCGGCCGAUGAUGCCAAUAGCUACUGGCGUAUCCGUGGAAAACCAGACAAAGUCUGCCAGCGCGGGGAGCCCAUUCGAUGCGGACAGGCCAUCCGAAUCACGCACAUGAAGACCGGACGCAACCUGCACUCGCACCACUUCAGCUCCCCCCUCUCUAACCACCAGGAAGUGAGUGCGUUUGGUGAAAACGGAGAAGGAGAUGAUUUAGACGUGUGGAGCGUGCAGUGCGGCGAAACGUACUGGGAACGGGAGGACACCGUGCGAUUUAAACACGUCGCAACGGAGGUCUUCCUCAGCGUAACCGGAGAGCAGUACGGUCAGCCAAUCAGAGGCCAGCGUGAGGUCCAUGGAAUGCCUUCACCCAAUCAGCAUAACUACUGGAAGGUGAUGGAGGGGGUCUUUAUUCAGCCCAGCAGUGAUCCAGUGCGCCACGACGAGCUCUGAUGAUGAUGCUGAUGCAUUAUCGUAACAAGCAACUGAGAACUUCGCUCACACGCUGUGAAACCCUCUCUAUAUUUAACCCUUCAGUUUCUAUAAAGUUGUACUUAUUGGUCAAAUUUAUGCGAUGCGAUUUUUGACACGCGUCACCUGCAAAAAGGUUUGAUUGCUAAAGAUUGGAUUGUGUUUGUUUGUACAUAAGGGAUUACAAUUCCUUUAGGAUUCUGGGCUUUAAAAAGGGAGUAUUUUGUAUUAUUUAUAUUAGGUUGGAUUACUACUGGAACAAAUGGCAUUGUACUAUUAAAGAGUGUUUUUUGCACACAUGAAAUCUUUCCGACGUGGGAAAAUAUCAAAUGGUUGUUUCUCUUUCAUUUUAAGUUUAAGUUUUCCAUGUUACUGUCAUUUGCAAACGUGGUUUUCUCCUCGCGCGUCCUGAUAGGUACAUCAUUUGGUGAAAGCUAAAAUAAAGCUUUUGAAAAAAGA